GGGAAUUUGGCUUUAAUUCUACACUUGGUAAUUGACGGAUGUCAUCGAAAUCACCUUCAAAUUUCAACAAAUUUAAGUGUAGAGUAGCAGUACUCUCCCUCACAUUCUAACGAUGCAGCUGGUGGUGUGGUUGUCUGUCGUGCUCUCUGUGUUGUACAGCCAGGGAACAGGCGCCUGUCCUGACAAGUGUAGCUGCAGUAGGUCGCCCUACUGUAAUGGAACUGAUGUUAAUUGUUAUGGGAUUGGACUGAGCGUAGUACCGGGCAAUAUCCCCACGGACACUUGUAAUAUAAGGCUGAGUAACAAUAAAAUAAGGACGAUACCGGCCGGAAUCUUUGACAACUUGGUGAACUUACGUGAACUAUCUCUUGGAAGCAAUUACAUCACAACUUUACCGGACGGAAUCUUUGACAAUUUGGUGAAUUUGCGGGAACUACACUUGUCCUACAAUGGAAUAAAAACAUUACCGAAUAGGACCUUUGACGCUUUGGUGAAUCUGCAGAAACUGUCCCUUGAUAAAAAUAAAAUAAGAAGCUUGCCGGAUGGAAUCUUUGACACUUUAUUGAAUCUGACUGAACUAAGGUUGAAGGGCAAUCAGAUAACAACAUUACCGGAUGGGAUCUUUAAAGCUUUGGUGAAUCUACGGAUUCUAUACCUGAAUGGAAAUAGAAUAACAGCGUUACAGCACGAGAUAUUUGGUGGAUUGUUGAAACUAUAUUCUAUUACUAUAGAAAACAACCCUCUACGUUGUGAUUGCGAAAUGUUCGCCUUUAUGCGCUUUGCAAAAACAAGACAAUUGCAGUUAGAACCAUACUGGAAGGGCGAAGAACCCUCAUGUCAGAACCCUCUCAGUUUGAAAGAAAUAUUGCUGAAGGACUUUAUACUUCAAGACAUAGUUUGUGAUCCAGUCUCCACUACCGGUUCAGAUCUCAACACUACAAGUGCAGUCACCAAUGUCACCAGUAGCAACUACAGCUUUACCACUACAGACGCCAGCACUGCUCGUCCAGUAAUCACCGUUACAGGCACAAAGAACACUAAAGUUACCGUUCCGGGGGACCCAUCUGAACUUCUAUCUAUACAGAAGGAGAUGCUGGAGUUAACGAGACAAGACAUUGCCAUCAAGCGGGAUAUACUCCAAACCUUUAAAGCAUUUGUGGCUCGCAAAACGAAAAAGAAUAGAAAGAAGGGCAAAAAAUUGUUGUAGUCUAUUAAAUGUGUAGUUAUCUUUUUAUUUUCCUUGAAAGCUUAUUAUCUCCUACAGAAACAUACAUUUCUGUCACUUAUGUCUGUAAACAAAGACUAUUUCUGACAUGCUUUAUUGCAAUAGAUUAGUUCCAUUACAAUAAAUGUUUAAGAACUA